CGGGGAGGUGGGAGGUGGGCGGGGCGAUGCGGGGCGGGGCGGGGCGGCGCCCACUCGCCGCGGGGCCGCUGUCGUUGCAGCGCGGCGGAGGGAGCGGCCGGCGGGACGCGGCCCCGGCACCCGCGGAGCCUCGGAGUCCCCGGAACCUCCCGGACCUCGGCCACCGCCGCCCGGUCACCGCAGCCCCGCCGCCGCCGCCAUGGGCUCCGAACGGGACUCCGAAUCUCCGCGCUCCUCCUCCAUCCACUCGGCCGCCGCCAAGUGCCCGAAGCCCGGCCGCCGCCGCCGCCUCUCCUUCCAGAGCGUCUUCUCCGCCGCCGCCGCCUCCGCCGCGGGCGGCCGCCGCCGCGCCAAGGCCGAGCCGCCGCCCGCCGCCCUGGGUACAGAAAACGCUGUUCCUGCUCACCAGCCUCAGCUCUGUGCUGCUGUGGUGCUGCUCUGGGCUGCGGCUGUGGGCUUGUUCUUGAUGUUUGUCAUUUCAGUUCUAGCAGUGAAAUGUAAAUGCUACGCGGUUAUUGCCUAUGGCUGCGCCAGCUGCCCCAAGCUGACCUGCGAGAGGGACGGCUGCCAGACGGAGUUCUGCUAUCACUGCAAGCAGAUAUGGCACCCCAACCAGACCUGCGACAUGGCCCGCCAGCAAAGGGCGCAGACGCUCCGCGUACGGACCAAGCACACGUCGGGCCUCAGCUAUGGACAGGAGUCUGGGCCGGCAGACGACAUCAAGCCGUGCCCCCGCUGCAGCGCCUACAUCAUCAAGAUGAACGACGGGAGCUGCAACCAUAUGACCUGCGCCGUGUGCGGCUGCGAGUUCUGCUGGCUCUGCAUGAAGGAAAUCUCAGACCUGCAUUACCUCAGCCCCUCUGGCUGCACAUUCUGGGGCAAAAAGCCAUGGAGUCGUAAAAAGAAGAUUCUCUGGCAGCUGGGCACGCUGAUCGGCGCUCCUGUAGGCAUUUCCCUCAUUGCUGGCAUCGCCAUUCCUGCUAUGGUCAUUGGCAUCCCCGUGUACGUCGGGAGAAAGAUCCACAGCAGGUAUGAGGGAAAGAAAACGUCUAAGCACAAGAGGAAUUUGGCCAUUACCGGUGGGGUCACGCUGUCUGUCAUUGCCUCUCCGGUCAUCGCUGCUGUCAGCGUUGGUAUCGGAGUCCCCAUCAUGCUGGCUUACGUCUACGGCGUGGUGCCGAUCUCGCUGUGCCGAGGUGGUGGCUGCGGAGUCAGCACUGCCAAUGGGAAGGGCGUGAAAAUAGAGUUUGAUGAAGAUGACGGACCAAUCACAGUGGCUGAUGCCUGGCGAGCCCUGAAGAACCCCAGCAUCGGUGAAAGCAGCAUCGAGGGGCUGACCAGCGUGCUGAGCACAAGCGGGAGCCCCACGGAUGGGCUCAGCGUGAUGCAGGGCAACUACAGUGAGACAGCCAGCUUUGCUGCCCUCUCGGGGGGUACCCUGAGCGGCGGUGUCCUCUCGGGAGGCAAGGGCAAGUACAGCAGGCUGGAAGUGCAGGCAGAUGUCCAGAAGGAGAUUUUCCCCAAGGACUCGGUCAGCUUGGGGGCGAUCAGUGACAACGCCAGCACUCGGGCCAUGGCUGGUUCCAUCAUCAGCUCCUACAACCCCCAGGACAGGGAGUGCAAUAACAUGGAGAUCCAGGUGGACAUCGAAGCCAAGCCCAGUCACUACCAGCUGGCCAGCGGCAGCAGUACGGAGGACUCUCUGCACGUCCACACCCAAAUGGCAGAAAAUGAGGAAGAAGAGGAGGAGGAAGAGGACGGUGAGCAGGAGCAGAUGUGCAAACACCAAAGCUGUGAGCAAAAGGACUGCAUUACCAGCAAAACCUGGGACAUCACCCUGGCCCAGCCUGAGAGCAUACGGAGUGACCUGGAGAGCUCUGACAGCCAGUCGGACGACGUGCCAGACAUUACCUCGGACGAGUGCGACUCCCCCCACUCUCAGACUGCAGCAGCCUGCCCGCAGACCCCCAAAGCUAGAGGUGCCGAGAGCCCAAGUGCCCAUCUGAGCCACUGUGCCCAAGCCGAGGGGUGUAGGCUGGACGAAAUAGUCAAACUGGAGUGCAUCGAAGCCAGAGUAUGAAGUGGCCUCCUGGUGAAAAGCACACUCACUGUCAUUGCAUCUUUUGGGGCAGAGUUGUGUCCGUGUUGGCUUCUGUUUGCAAUUCUUCAGCUGGCUCCCUGGCCUCGCCUCAAGGAGUCGUCGUUUCUUACGUGACAAAAAAAGAAAAGGAAAAAAACAAUCCCCAACCCUCUUUUUGUUUUAAUUUAUUGAUUCAGGCUCUGUGAGGUGUGUAAGAGUGUAAAUAUGUAUGUGUCUGUAUGUCUGCAACCAUCCUAAAGGACUAUUUGAAUAAAGACUCUGGAUGUCAUUC